UAACUGCAAAUUGAACAAUCAAUUAUGCAGCGCCUGCCUUAUUUGUAGUAGCUGGGGUGGUUGUUUGCAGUCAGAAUCGUAUGCAAUUUAUCAAUAAUUUGUUGAUGUGUUUACAUUUUCAGAGUUGAUUGAGAAAUGGCAUUGCCCUAUUAAUGGAAUAGAUAGUCUGGAUGUCAGACAGCUAAAAGGCUUUUAUCAUUAUAAAUUAAUGUGUCGUUUUCUUUUCUCUCUUAUUUCUAAAUUGAAAGAUGUCCAAUAAAGUGCUGUUUUAUUAAUAUAUUUCUUUGAUUGAAAUGAUUAUAAAGAAACCUGUCGUUGCAACUAUCUGUUUAUAAUCUUCUGUAAGAAUCCAUUUUUGUUUCCUUUGGAUGUGAUCUUCACCACGAGAUCAUCUUUAAUUUCAUUUUUUUUCUUUUAAUCAUUAUUUUAUAGAAGAUGCAUCAAAGAGCUCAUAUUUAUUUAAAAAUCAAAUUGAAUUAUCUUUUUUUUUUAAUUAUUACUUAAAAAGAUGCCCUUAUACCUCAGUCACAUUUGCUCUACGGCGGCUGUUUAGCGAGUAAAAAAACAGCCGUUUUAACAUUUUUUUACCAGCUUCAUGUAGGUGGUUAUAGUAAUGAGGAAUUGGAGGUGGCCUUACGGUCUGAAGAUUAUGUUUUUAUCGUAAAAAAUCCCCACUUUUAAUACAUCUACAUAUUUGUUUGAUGAUAAUCCCUGUGGCGUUCUUUAUACAUUUUAAUUGUACCUUUGGGUCCCCGUACACUGUCUUUUUUUUGGGGGGGCCUAACUUCAAACUAUCAUUAUACAUGUACAGUGAAUAACUGAAUAUCUAUGUCAAUCAUCUAAGAUCAUCACACACUAUGAAAAUUGCCUUCUUUUUUCCCCUCCUACGAUCCCACUCCACUUAUUAUUGAUUUUGGUUAAUUAACAAAUCAAUUGUCCGUUUCAUUCUGCUCACAGCCUUUACGUCAUUCAGUAGCAGUGGAUACAAUGGACAUUGGUGUAGCAACGGAGCCUGAAUCCAUCGGACCAUGUGAACCUGGUACCUCAGUCAACUUAGAGGGCAUAGUUUGGCAUGAGACAGACCAAGGUGUGCUUGUUGUGAAUGUUACGUGGAGAAACAAGACAUAUGUUGGGACUUUGAUGGACUGUACACGACAUGAUUGGGCAGCACCAAGAUUCUGUGAUUCUCCAACAAGUGACAUGGAGAGCAGAGGCAAGGGUAGUGGACGUCCCAAGCGAGGAAGGAACAACAACAGUUCCAGCAAUGACCUCAGCAACUACACAGAAACUAGGUCCUCAAUCCACAGCAAGCUCCGCAACUCAACUAAAGGACGACGCGGCAGUAACGCUUCCAACGGCACACGCACUCCUCCUUGCACCUUAGACAAGAACACCAGCAAGAGAAAGACUAAAGAACCAGAUGUUGAGGAACCCGCGCCAACCAAUAAGCGCCAGAAGACAGGUGUCCGACCAAACUCGUCUGCCAGCGAGGAUCGGCAUACUCCAGUACUUAUUGAAUGCCCACAGCCGAACUGUAAUAAAAAGUACAAGCACAAAAAUGGCCUCCAUUACCAUCUCUCCCAUGCUCAUCACAAUAACUUAGACAAGGAUGGUAACUGGAGAGAAAGGACAGACUAUGACGAUGACAGCAAGUCAAAUGCUUCUGAUGAUGUGGGUGUGCCUCCUGUUCAGACAAAAGAUAAAAAGAAAGAUUUGAAAGACAAGAAAGAAUCUUCUAAGGAGGAAGAGGAAGAGGAGAGGAUGGAGGUUGACAAAGGUGAUGUCAAAGCGAGCGUUACCCCAGAGGAGGAGAAUGCACCAAGUUUGCAACAGGGCGGUUCUCCAGAGGGAAACGUUGACAGCAGUAGUGAGACUACAGGUCAGAAGAAAAGUGAAUCAUCAAAGAGCAAAGAUGGUACAAAGAGUCCAAAGACACACAAAACACAUGUGGACAAGUUUACAGCCGGAAUGAAAUGUUUGGGUAUCCCAAAACCAAAAGAGGCUAAGUCUAGCCCUUCCAAAGCACCAAAGAACGAUGCUAGUGGAGAAAGAACAAGUAAGGGUGCCAAGAAACCUCCUGCAACCAGCUCAGAUAAAGAUUUGUCAAUAUUUGACUUCAAUUCUGCUCCUGAUGAGCAAAUGACAGCCAAUGCCACUCCUGGAAGCACACCUGAAAAACAUGUCAGUGUUAGUGUUAUACGACCCAACCCAGAGCCUACGACUGUCAAGUCAGAACCUGUUAGUCCCAAUACUAUUGCCAAAGCAGCAGCUGCAGCAGCAGAACAUGCCAAAGGACCAAAACAACAUUCAAAUACAACUAGCGACAAUGGGCCCGAGGAUAAGACCUCUAAAAAGACUGAUAAAGACAAAGUUAAAACUGAUAAGCAUAAGAAAGCGAAGCAUGAGAAGGUAAUGGUGAAGGCUGGAAAGACAAUACGUCCAAUAGCUCCAGCUCCAUCACUGGCUUCUACUUCUAUUCCACCCACGACUCAAGCUCCACCUCCACAACUCAUAGCCAUACCAACUGCUCUUGUUCAAAACCCUGUGACUGUUUCAUGUGUACCCACUGCGAAUACUAUCCAAACAAAACCACAAGCAUCACUUGUUAGUCCCGCCUUGAAACCCAUACAGCCGAAGCCAGCUACUAUGAGUUCAGUACAAUCAAAUGAUGCCAGUGGUAACAUUAUAGCAAUGAAGGACAGAGAUAAGAAAUCUAAACAAAAGAAAAAGGUAAAAGGUGAUAAGGAGAGGGAAAAGGACAAGUUGCCAGGGUCUCCAGUGGACAGUUUGAAGGUUGCAAAGGAGCAGCUAGGUGAGCAGAGGAUUAAGAACAAUCCAUUGUUACCUGCUGUGCCAGAAACAAACAUUCUAAAGCAAGCCUUGACAGCAUCUGGUAUAGUUGAACCUGACAACAGUGAGAAGAACAAAUCAAUUGCUCCUGAUGUGUGGAAACGUGAUGGUAGUAAAAGUGAUGGACCUAUAGACAGAGUUACAAAAGUACUCCCAUCGCCACAGGAUAAACCUGCCAGUACUGCCCCUGUGAGCAAUGUGGCCAUGCCUCAGAUCCCAAAGUUGAUACCUACGAGCAGUGUGACUGUACCAACUAGUAGGCCCAUGAAACAACUUCCUUUGCCCUCCCAACACCCACAGCAUUUAAUGCAACCAAGUCAUCUUCAAAACCCAUCUCAACUUCAGCAACCCCAUCCUCACCAACCCUCUAUGUCCUUGGCUUCAGGGAUGAAGCUGUCAAAGCCAGACACCACUGGCCAAGAUAGGGCUUCCUCAAACCUUUCUGUGCAUACAUCACUGGCCAAAGAAGGGCCUAGGAACACUCAAUUGUUGUCCCCUCCUAGCGGGAAUAGGACUGGAAACAUAAGUCCUGCUUAUUCGGACAUUUCAGAAGAUGGUGUAGAUGACCAAAAUAAACAGGCAAAACCCUCAGAGACGUUUUCCUUUGAAAGGCCAGACCAUCUUAAGCCUCAUUCAGAAUCCUCACAGAGAAUGAAAGAAAGCAGUUUGGGAGGGGAACGUAUGCCAAUGUUUCAUAGUAAUGAUAGAACAGCUCCAGAUAGUGUAGGAAGUGCAAACAUUACACAAGGAAAGCCACCUCAUGAGAGAGACGAGGGGAGGAAAGGUGAUGCUAAAGACCAAAGUACUCCAAGGUCUUCUGUGAACACUACCCUUCCACCUCCAGUACCUCACAUAUAUUCAGGUGGUCAUUACCCUUACCUUCAUGGCUAUGUUAACAUGGACCCUUCCUAUCACAUGCGCUUGAUGGCUAGUGAUCCACAGUACAGACAACAGCAGGAGAGAAUUAUGGAAGACCACAGAAAGAGAGCUGAAAAGCAUAGAGGUCAGGAGGGUUCAGAAAAACCUGGUGAAAAUAUGGCUGAAAAUUAUGAAAAGAGGAGACCUGUCAUUAACAUUCAAACAGAACCUAUUACACCACCUCAGGCCCCAAGACAUCCAGACAGUAAAUCAAGAGACAAAGAACUUAUAACAAAGUCAAGACAUAUAGAGUUUUCAAAGAAAGAUGUAAGUUCACCUAGCACUGCAAGGACUCCUGAAAGUGACAAACAAAACAGUGCUAUGUUGCAUGAAAAGAGACACAGGGAAGAAAUGAGGCAGUAUUAUUUGUAUCAGCAGAAGUUAAUGGAACAGCCGCAGCACAGGCAGGCUAAUGAGCCUAGGAAAAGUGUAGAACAGGAGACGCGAAAAAAGGAAGGACUUGAGUUGUCAAAAAAGGACUUACGUACCCCUGAGUCAGGGGAGAAGAGUAGAACCCCGACCCCUACUCAUAGAAAUGUGAGUACCCCUACCAAAGAAACAUCAGGCCGACUCAGUGCAGACCUGGACAAAAGAGACAGCAAGUCCCCCUCAGGUAAAGGGUCUAAACCUGAUGGUAAGAAGCUCAUAGAUGGGUACCCCUACCUCCAACCCCCUUACCCCUAUGGAACUAUCCCAUAUGACCCAUCCCAUCCAGCCUUCCAAUCUAUGGUGUAUCCAUCAUUCCUUCAUCCAGACCUUCGCUACCCUGCUGCUGGUGCAGGGGUUGGUCCUGCUUGGAAGUCACCCAGUGAUAAGGCUGGCUUUGAGCAGGAACCAGAGCGAAGCUCAUCCUCUCCGCAUAGUCUUUCCGCCAAGGGUGGGAAGUCACCUGACAAUCCAGACCUUCCAGCCCGGGCACUGGACGUCCUUCAGCAACAUGCCAACCAGUAUUUCAGUCCCCCUCAGAAGCACGGCUCCAACUCUCGCCCAAGAACACCCGAGAAAGGACGCACCACUCCGGUGCAGCGGUCACGAUCGACAUCCCCUACUGCCAGGAAAACACCUGAAACAUCAACGUCAUCAUCUGUCUCAUCGAGCAGGGAAGAUGGGAAGAGAGCAACAGUACAUCAACACAUGCAUACGCAUCAGCACACUCAUGUUGGGGUGCCAGUAGGAGUGACUUAUCCAGUACUGCCUUCAUAUGAUCCAUAUGUUAUGGCCAGUCAGCAAGCAGCAGCAGCUGCAGCAGCCAGUGCCAGUGCAGCAGCUGUUAAUCAAUACUCAAGAAGGGAAAAGUCAUCAUGAGCUGACUAAUGUUGAAGAAGUGAAUGGUUCUAGAAUUGUUGAUCAUCAUGGCUCAAAUAUCAUUCCUUGGGAAUGCCUUUUUGUAUCAGUGAUUGAUGAGUACAAACUUUUACCCAGAUGGGACUGAACAAUGAGAAAUAAACUUAUGGGACUAAGCACCAAACUCAAACCCCACUAACAUUCUAUAUGGAACAAGAUAGAGCAGCUGAGAAUACCUUUUCAUUGUUCCCGUGGCUAAGAUGCAGUUCAUUGACACCAGAGUAAAGGAUGAAAUUAAGCACAUCUCAAGCAAAGAAUCAUGUCAUCAAGAUAUCACUUGAAAGGUUACGGUGCAUUUCAAUAGCAGCAUCUGUAAGAACUUGUAAGAACAUCAUUGGAGCACUUUACAAGAACAUCAUUGAAGAAUUUGUAAAAACAUCAUUGAAGAAUUUAUAAGAACAUCAUUCAUUGAACGAAUCAUCUCAAUGCCAAUCUGGAUGUUCCUACAAAUCGCAACUGAAGACAAAUAUGCCAUUUGGUCUGUCAUUGUUUUUGAGAAAUAUAUGGAGAUGAAAAAUGAUUGAUGAUCAUAUGAAUGUUAUUAUGAGUAUAUUAAGAUGUUAACAAGAUUGGCUCAUGUAUAGAUUGUACACAGGUAUACAGAUUGUACAAAUGUAGAGAAAGGUUGUGAUUUGUACAGAGAACGGUCAAUGAAGAAUUUUGAGGGAUCAUGUUUUAGUGGAGUUUCUUCAUGUUUAACAUUGAUUUUCUGCUCUCUACUGCUAUCCUCUAUUCUCCUGACUCUUUCUUUUUUCUGUCCGUCUGUCUCUCUUUUCUCUCCCUCUCUCAAUCCUUGUCCUAAUAUGCCCUUAUGUCUCUUGGGCUUAAUCUUUCCUGGGGGGCAAUAAUCAUGUAAUCGCAACAGGCAGAUUACUCACGUAUUCUGUCGAUUUUGGUUACCCCAAUCAUGACAUCAAUGUUUCACAGACACUUAAUUGAGCUGUGUAUAAUUUUAUAUAUGUUUAGUAAACAGCUUUUUAAUUUUUAUAUCAUUUUGAGAUAUCCCUGUUAUCUGAGAUGUGCACAAAAUCUUGUUCGGUGGAAACAAAAACAGAAACAAGGAAACUUUGUGAAAAUAGUAAUGUUCUAGUGUCCAGAGUUUAUGUUCUUGGAAAAAAAAACCCUUAUUGACAUUACCAAUAUUUUGUUGGCUAAUCUAGGGACCGUAACACAAAGCUUAACAAUCAUCGUAGAACAUUCUUUUUAAACAAUUGAUUACAUUGACUGCAAUGUACUAUUAAUCAUGAAAAUCAAGUGUAUGAUUAUAAUUGCUAACCUGUUGCAUGACCCUGUUUUGUCAAAUGCAAUGCAAUCAGUGGUUCCAGGUGGGUGUUUCAUAAAGCUGUUCGUAAUUUAAGAGCAACUUUAAGAACGACUGGUGAUCCUUUCGUGUGGUAAAUGAUGUACACUAAAAUGUUCAUUUGUGAUGGCUUGGCGAGUAAGAAAGGUUCACCAUUCGUUCUUAAAGUCGCUCCUAACUUCCGAACAGCUUUAUGAAACGGCCCCCAGGGGUGAUUCACCAACAGCUCAAAACAAUUGUGAGAUAAAAUCAAUUCUAUUAGACGUGAUUCGUCUGCUGCCUCUAAUAAUUGAUUUCAGCUGUUAAAGGAUUACACCCAGUUGGAUAUAUAAUCAUUCCAAAUAUUGAAUCAUCAGAUCUGCAUUUACUGUAGCAGUUUCAGCCAAUUUUUUAUGAAUCGUCUUUAGUUGUAUUGCAGUUACGCACAAAAACAUUCUAAUUACCUAGGGAAUAUCAAGGUGUAUAUGAUCUGAAGAAGAACGACUUCAACAGCUUUUCUCUGUAGAGAUGAGAUGGAUUUUGAUUGGUCACAUGGUUUGUUUAGUCUUGUGAAUUCUACUGUAUCCAAAAUAUAGUUGGCAUGUGCCUCAUCUACUGAAGACAGUGUUUGAUUUAUACCAAUCUUAACUAUGGAAAGCCAACAGCUCUAUAAUUCAUCAUUUAUUAUGCAUAUUUCAUUGCGUAGUGCUCCUGACAGAUGACUUACAUUUAUCUUAUUCUUGAAUCACUAUCUUGACCAUCUGGCAUUCUUCAUUGCUUAGCAAGGAGCAGCGUAUGCCAUUAAGAUGACUAGGACAUGACCAGCUUUCCAUGUAAGGUUGAUUUGAAUUGAUUGCACCAUUUUGCUAGAUGGGGCGCAGGAGGUGCUCUAACAGCUACCAAUUUUUACCCCACAGUUGUAACACCGAAAACUGUAGAUGUCGGCAGUACCAUAUAACUGUGCUGUGUCAUUUGGAAGCUUGAUGCUCCAGCUAGUUUUAUAUGGAUGUAGUGGCUGUUUGCAUCAAAAAGAGGCUAUUUUAAACAAGAACUUUGUUUGUAUAUAAGCAUGUACAGGUUGUCUUCCAGGACAGAAGGUGGUGUUUGUUACAGCUGUCCUGGAAAGAAGAUUGUUGAUAUGAUCAUGGGCUGAUCUUUCUAAAAAGUGUAUGAGAAGCUGAAGAUUUUUUGCUUGAAGAUGGGAAUAUCUGAAACAGAAUGGUUGAAUCAGGAUCUGUAUUACCACAAAGCUCAAUCAAACAGACAGAUAUGAGUUGUAUGUGCUGAAAAAAUUGUAAAGAAAUUUGUGAAAUGUUAAUUUUAUUAUAUUUUAUUAGUUUCUCAGAUCCUUAGAACAAUUCAUGCUGCUUACAAACCACAAUGCAUAUUUGGCCAGCUUGCAUAGUGUUCAGGUUUUGACAUUAUAUAGACUUAAUUAUUUGAGUCCUGUGUAAAUCAGUUAUGUGCCUCUUGAAAAACGGUCUGUUUUACUCAAACCUAUAAUGGACUUUGGACAUGGACCCCCUGAUCCCCAGUGUUAAAGAUUAUUCCAGAGAAUCUGCGCGAUUCUUCUGAAUUUCACUUGACCAUUGUGACUUUAUUGGCUCAGUUCAUAAAUAUUUACAAUUGCGGUACAUGUACUUUGCCAUUAUGUUAAAGGUUGUGAAGAAGAUGCAAUAAUGACAGAGUUACAAUACUUGUUUAAGAAUCAGUCCUCAUGAGUACAGCAUAAAUUGCACCUGUACUGGUAAUCAAAUUCUUGUAGCUCGGUUUUGUCAUCUGUGUUAGUGUGUGAGUUCUUAUUACUAUACUUCAAGUAUUGAAUUAGCAAGUACCCUGAAUGUUUUCAGGCCCAUAGCUGAGCUACAGAGUUUUGAAUCUGAUAAUUGUCUUUAAACUACGAGUUGUUUUGUUUCUAGUCUUUGUUGUUGAGACUUUAAUGCAAAGAGCUCAGAUACAUAGAAAGUGGUGAUAUUUUUAUCUCUAUCAACAGCUUGUAAAGCAGAAUUUUUCUUAAUGUUUUGUUGCAUUUCAGUUGAAAUGCAACAAAACAGAAACUGUAAAGCUCUCUUUCAGUUAAUUUUUCACAUGCAACAAUGAUGUUGAUUUGCCAUUGCAAGUUUUUUAAUUGAUUAAUACUUUUGUGUCAUUGAGCCCAGAAGGGUAUUCAGUCCUAUACCAGUAACUAUUAAAGCAUUAUUAGCAUUCAAAGACUAUAUUCACAUUUUUAUGUAGCUGCACAUGUAUGUAUGAACUUUCGAGAAAAAUAAGUGGAAGAGGUUUAUAACUAUAUGUCUUCUUUUUGAAACCUUAACAUCUCUGGCCCUUGGAUGGGAAUCUUCCCAUAGAGUAGAGCGAUGUAAACAUAUUAAUUCCUUCCCAUGGCAACUAUUUUUAGCAGAUUACAGCCCAAACAUUUUAUAAUAUUUCAAUGGCCUCUUAUAAUACAAGUCCACUGCUCUUAUCCAUUGAUGCUGAUGGUACAAAGAUUUUUUGUUCAGAACAACUGGUGUGCUGAAAUGCGAGAUGGUGAUAUCAAAUAUGGAUUCACCAAGAAAAGUACUAUUCUCUUAUGAAUUUGUAGUUGUGUACAUUAUGUCACAGUACAUAUAGCUGCUGUAUUCCUUCAAAUUGGGAGAACCAUUAUGUCCCUUUGAAAUUACGCCUUUUUCAAGCCAGCCCAGGAUAAAAAUGUUGGCUGAGAUUAAUUUGUUCCCACUGAUUUUAAUGUCCGCUAUUGUUGUUCCUUUUAAACCUUAGAGAGCAUUGUGUCUUAUUAUUGUAGUGUUAAAGAGAAAAUUUCCUUGUAAUUUGUCACCUUGAUUUCUUAAUAGAAUACAAUCAAGAACAAUCUGUAAAGGCAGAUUAUUGUUCACUUGGUGGAAUACUCACUGCAGUACAGUUGUGUUUUGUUUAUUAUUAAUUGAGAGCUCAGAUGUGAGUUUAAAUGAUAGACAAUUGGUUGAUAAUGGAGGAAUUAUACAAAUUAUAUAUAUUAAGACAACGAGUUGUGUUUUGUUAGUUUCAAUUUGUAUUCUUAUUUUAGUGAGAGCAUCUAUGUGAGACAUUUAUACUUUGUCUAUUUUUUUUUUUACAGAAUUUCCAAGUUUUGUUUAAGUUUAAUUCAUUUCUCAGAUCAUCUUGUCAAAUUAUGAAGAGGAAUGAUGUGUUUAUCUACUACAAAUGUGUAAAUCUUCCAUUUGGAAAGCAAAAAAAAAAAAAUUAGAAAUCAGAAAAAUUAUCCAGACUAUAGUGAAAUGUUUGGGAUAGCUCCAUUGUCUAAAUUGUAAAAUGAUCUUUGUACAUUCUUGUAUAGUAUUGAUGGUACAUCCAUUAACUGUUGUCUUGUUCUUUUAGACGAUCUUUUGUUUUUGAGGAAAAAAUUAAACAUGGAAUAUGAAGCGUUAAAAAGAAA